AUGGGCCCAGUAAUGGCUUUUGUUAAUAAUUUUAAUCUUGUCGCUGACAUUUUGGCCUUUAUUGCUAUUUCAGUGGCUGCUGAUGGAAGUGAACCAGUUCAAAUGAAGCUGCAUAAGUCUUUGAGACUAUGGACUUUUUAUGUUGAUUUGGAGGAGAGCCUUGGCACUUUGGAGUCCACUCGAGAAGUUUAUGAAAGGAUACUGGAUUUAAGAAUAGCCACACCGCAAAUUAUAAUUAACUAUGCAUUUCUAUUGGAAGAAAAUAAAUACUUUGAAGAUGCAUUUAAGGUAUAUGAAAGAGGAGUAAAGAUAUUCAAGUAUCCACAUGUCAAAGAUAUAUGGGUGACUUAUCUAACUAAGUUUGUGAAGAGAUAUGGACGGACAAAAUUGGAACGUGCAAGAGAGCUAUUUGAACAUGCUAUUGAAACGACCCCUGCUGAUGUAGUGAAACCUCUGUAUCUUCAAUAUGCCAAACUGGAGGAGGAAUAUGGUCUGGCAAAGCGAGCUAUGAAGGUCUAUGACCAAGCUACUAAGGCUGUUCCAAACAGUGAAAAAUUUAGCAUGUAUGAGCUCUACAUUAACCGUGCAGCUGAGAUCUUUGGUGUCCCCAAAACUAGGGAAAUAUACGAACAAGCAAUAGAAUCUGGUCUUCCAGAUAAAGAUGUGAAGAAAAUGUGUUCAAAGUAUGCCGAGCUUGAGAAGAGCUUGGGAGAAAUUGACCGUGCUCGUGCAAUAUUUGUCUUUGCAUCGCAGUUUUCAGAUCCACGAUCAGAUAUGGAUUUCUGGCAAGAAUGGAAUAAUUUUGAAGUGCAACAUGGUAACGAAGAUACCUUUAGAGAAAUGCUCCGUAUUAAACGAAGUGUUUCUGCAAGUUACAGCCAGACGCACUUUAUUCUGCCAGAGUAUUUGAUGCAGAAGGAUCAAACUGUGGACCUUGAUGAGGCAAAAGACAAAUUGAAACAGGCAGGGGUCCCUGAAGAUGAAAUGGCUGCUCUAGAGAGGCAGUUAGCUCCUGCAGCAAACGAUACUAUUGCCAAAGAUGGCAGUAGGAAAGUGGGAUUCGUGAGUGCCGGAGUGCAAUCACAAACUGAUGAAGGGUUGAAAGUUACAGCAAAUCAUGAAGAUAUUGAGCUACCAGAAGAGAAUGACUCUGAUGAAGACAAUGAAAUUGUUGAAAUUAAGCAAAAAGAUGUGCCGGAUGCUGUUUUUGGAGACUUGGCUCACAAGAGAAAAGAAAUUGAAGAUGAUGCUCAGAACAAGGAUGAUGAAAGCCGUCUUGGUGCCCUCGAGAGAAUAAAGAGACUAAAAAAGGCGGCCUGAUUGAAGAAAACUUAUGGUAUGAAAUUUUGAUGAGGGUAAUGUGAACUUUGCUUUUUUGUUUGACCGAUCCCUUUUUGUAAUUGUGGCUAAUUGUAAUCUGAGUUAGAUAUAUAUAGAUAAACGUUUUCACAUA